AUGAAUCCUCCAUCGAACACCUCACUCCCAUCAGACUCUGCCCAAGCACGCCACAGCCCUCAGUCCCAGAGGAUGACAACGUCCUCCCACAGCAAGACAUGGAAGGGCAAAAUGGCAGCAGGGGUGAAGAGGAUAGGCCUUCCCUUUGGAAAGAAAGCACUGGACGAAGCAGCGUCUCUUCAAAUGACGGAGACGGUUCCGGAGAGCAGCUACACGUACGAGAAGCCCGAAGGAUCUACAUUGAUGUCGCUAGAGGAAGAAUCCUCACCGACCGAGGCCAUGAAGUACGCCUCCCAAGUACAGCACCAGGAUCAAUCAAAGGAGAGUGGGUACGACCAGAUGCCGGGCGCGAUGUGGGAAGCAGUAGCAGCGGCCCAGAUAGCUCAGACUACGGAACAGCCCGGUCAACAGACGAGCACACCCAGCGGUCAUGGGGAGAACCCCUCAUGGAAAGAAGCGGCACAACAAUGGAAGGCGAGCCAAGGGAUACGAUGGGGGAUUCCCCAGAGCCAAGAAUCCAAGGCCCUGGGUCACCAACCAGCUCCUCCAGCUGGCUAUCCUGGUACUCGGCAGACGGAACUCGACGAGUCUAUGGGAUCGACACUCCAAGACGUUAUUCGUCGCCGAUCCCUAGCUCAAGUCAAUACGUUCCAGACCCUCCAAUCCAACCUGACCCCAGAGAAUGAGCCCAGUGGGCAGAAGAGGAACGUCGCGCCUCAGCCAGAAAUAUCAUCACUAUCGCAGACCUCAGAACAUGGGCAGAUACCUCCAGGGAGCCCACAACUGCAUGAAUCUCACCAGUCGAGUCCACCUCAUCCAUCGGGGGAACCCUCAACACUAUCACCGAGGAGGAAAACCCUAUCCCUCUCUCAAUCCCAGAACCCACUGGGACCCAGACCCCAUAUUAUACCGCCGAAGAAAACCCAUGGAGGGAGCAGCCAGAUGCAGAAGAGCUACUUGGACAGCACCCCCACACAGACUCACCACCCUGGCAGCGUAGGGUCUUAUUCGCAGACACCAACGAGGAAGACACUGUCCUCUGGUGGUUCACAGGAAAUCAAUCCCGCGGAGGAACCACCGACGUAUCAAAUCCCGUCGAGGACGAGCUCGAUCAAGCAAGUCUCACAGACUGGCCUCACUGCAGGUGCCGGAUCUGUCGACAAUUACGGGACCUGGCCCGAGCCCGAUAUAAUGAAGUUGGACCUCACCCAGAGCUCGAACCCUUCCUCAAUCCCGAACCCACCUUCUACGUUGAACCCCCCUUUAUAUCACAAAGAGAGCUUCAGUGGUGGGUCUAUGAUAGGGAAGACUUCAACGAGAUCUUUGAAGAAUACCGAAGGUACUUCGCAUACGUCUGGAACUGGAACCAGAUAUGGAUCGACGGAAAUCCCUAUCUAUUACGAUAUGAACCCGUCUUCCACCCAACCGACCAUCUCGACCAAUUGGACCCGUGGGUUAGAGCCCGGAUACAAAUCGACAGGCUCACCUGUACAGGAGAAUAUACCAAUGACGAACCCUUCAUCAGUGACCCCAAUGAGGGAAGCAACGAGUUCGUACAGGGAUCAAGUAGGGAACCCCACCGAUGAAGAACUCUAUAAAAUGAGCUGGGACCAGUUCUGGUGGCAUAUGCAUGACAAAUUACCCCACGAAACCUACUGGUCCAGCACUCCGCAGGGACAAGCCUACCAACAGGCGGAGCCUGGAUCCCAAUUAAAAAGGCAGAUAUUAUCGCAGGAAACCCAGUACAUUGCUAUAAAUUAUUGGAACCUCCUACACCCCGAUCGACAACUACUCCAAGGAGGCAGAUAUGAGAUCCCCAAUGCUGAAGAUUCGGAGUCAGAUUUCUCAAACCUGGGAAUUAUCCAGGCCACCCCUGCCAUCACCGGACCUGACAGGAAACCCAGACUGUUCGCAGGCGGGAAGCAGCUGGACCAACAUAUCCGAAGCAUGGGAGGCGCUACCACAACCCCCACCUCUGGUAAAGGAAGCGGACCAGCGCCUGCCAUGCCAGGAGGUGGAGGAGGCGGAGGUGGAGGCAGAGGUGGAAGCGGACCGCCACCCCCUCCCACAGCACCGCCUACACCACAUAAUCCACCAGCCGACUGGGAAAUCGCGGCAGGACAAGCCAAUCCAUGGGGGGAUGUUAAACCCACACUCAUAGAAAAACCGGACGGAUUCUAUGGAAAAUCCCAUGACCUAGACCAGUUCUUCGACGAUUGCGACGCUUACUUUGAAACAUUUUCAAAGUACUUCUCCCUUAACGUAACGCAUGGUGGUGGGUGGACCAACGACGAAAAUAUUGGGACUCCCAUGCACGCCAUCACCGAUACCCUGCAUGGGAAAUCUUCGAAGAAGAAGUACGAAGACGAUUCAAAGAAGUAG